GGGAGGUGAGGAAGGACACGCGCCAGGGGGCGUCGUAGACGUGGGACACGCCCCCUCGCAUGACGCCCCUGCUGUUACCUCCGCCGACGUCACGCGCGACCUCUCGCCAUCGGAGCACGACUAAUGACGUCACGCGUGGCUGGGCGGAUAUCCGGCGGUUGGAUCCUAACCGGGGGAUGUGAUUCCCACUCGGCAUGUCCCGGAGAGCUGCCACCCAGGGAAAUGGUGAUCCGAGACUGGAGAGAGUUCCUGAUCCGAUGAGUCAGAGGCGACUGGUAGAGGACGCGGCGGGGGGGAGCAGAGACGCGGACGACAAAAGCGCCAUAAAGCUGUGUCAUGUCACGCACCCGCAGCCCCUCUCGGACUCUGAGAAUGAGGAGCCGUCCACCAGGAGGACCCUUCACAGAUCGGCUUUUGUCUCGAAGAACAACACAAACUGCAUCACAUGGAGCCUUCGGUCCAAACUGGAGCGCAGUCAGAGCUGCGGCGAGACGAUCAACGAAAGCUUACCGCUUGGGCUACGGAGAUCCUCACAGCUUCAUAAAGCUAAGACUCCCUUUGGUGGCAGCUCAGCUGGCUUCCUUGGCGUCCUGCUAUCUACAGAGAACAGCCGCUCUUUCUCUGCCCCUGUCCUCACGUCUGAGAAAUGUCUCCCGAUCAACGCCCUCAACUCUUUCACCCCACUGCAUAAGCCUGAGCGAUCCGUCAGUCCCGAGAGCAACGACAGCAUCUCCGAGGAGCUCAACCACUUCAAGCCAAUUGUCUGUUCCCCUUGCACCCCUCCCAAGAGACUCCCAGAUGGCCGAGUCCUAAGCCCCGUCAUCAUCAAGUCCACUCCCAGGAACCUGCGGCGGAACCUGCAGAAGCCCACCACCUACGAGGCCAGCCCUGUGAUUCUAAAGAAAUGGGAGCAAGUCUUCCGGGACCGACAAAUGAAGAGGACUCUAUCCAAAGGCACUCUGACUAUAUCGGCUGAAGGUAGCGCGCCGGUAAAAGUUAAAGCCCCUGACGGCGAGGAGCCGACAAAUCGCCAGACCAAGUUCAGUGGUAUAAGUGCCGUUGGAGAUGUUGGACUUUUGCCCUGCUCUAGUAAGGAGGAAGCAGCGCUCAUAAAUUGUGACCCAAGGGGCCAGUUGCACCCCUGCAGGGAUUGUUCUCAGGGCAAAGGUCAGCACCCUGAGCCCAUUGCAAUGAACUUUCAUGAUGCGAAUACCAACACGCAUACUGGAGCCAAGACCAGGUUGGCAUCGCGGCUUACGUCCAGUAAAAAGACAGUCCCUCAGUGCACGUGCUUGGUAGCAAAACCCAUUAAGCAGUCUUUGAAGCGCGGGCACAAAAAGAAGAUGCAGCCGGUUGGCCUGCAGAACGGCUCCUCCUUCGCACCCGCCGAAAAAAUCAGCCCGGCCUUCCCCCAGCGCAGAGGGCAAAAGAGACGCUGUAAAACCAAGCACUUAGAACAGAACGGUUCCUUCAAGCGGCUACGGGUCACGGUAAAGGGCAGCUGCAGCCAGCGUGGCUUUGAGAGGCUUUGGCGGGAGGCGGAGAAGAAGUUGCACCAAGAGGAGGAAGAUAAAAAACUUGCUUUAAAACUUCAGCAAAUUUUUGACAAGGAAAGCCGCAUGGUGAAGCGCUGUAAAGGGAGCAGGGAUGACUACCACUUGCGUUCCAAAAAUACAGCUGGCGCAAACUAGCGUCUCAUUGUUUUGCCUUUUCUAGACUGAAAAAUAUCCAAAUUGUCAGAUAAAUGUUUUUUUUUAUCUUUAUUUUGGACAAUGGAAACAGAUGGUUAUUACAGUACUACUCGGUAUAACGUACAAAACAAGAUGGCUCUUCCAAAAGCAAGACUACCUGAAAAAAAUAUAUAGACUGAGGUCUACAGUUAGUGAUUAUGUAUCUUAUUGUCCAGUAUGAAGGCAUAUUGUCCUCACAUCUGCUUACAUUAUCUUAUAGCCGCUGGUUUCAUCUUGAUGCAUCUUGUUCCUGUCUCACUUCGCAAGGGCUUUACAUUACUAUGCAGUGUUUGUGCAUAUCAGAUGGCGAAACGCGUUUCUACUAUAUUCCUCCGUCCUGUAGGAAAUCCCUUCUUCUAAUGAAGCGGUCAGUUUGGUCUGGCAGUUGCAUCUGACUGUAGUAUGUCGCUUUGCUCUAAUCUGCAUACCGAUUGUUUCAGUACAUGCCCCACGCGUUUCGAUCUGUUAAAAUAGCUGCUAAACCUUAAAUACAAGUUGCCAUAAUAUGAAACUCAAAAUUUGUAAAAAUCCCAUAUGUGUAUACAAAGGUCCCCGUUACACAACUGAGCGUUAGAGCUUGGAUUCCCGUGACUGAGCAGUAGGUCCCAUUCCGUUAUCUGCCUUUUUCGGGCUGCCAGGAGCUUCCUGCGCUGUUUGUCAAUAGAUCCUUAGAACAGUGAUCUGCUCAGCCUAGGGAAAAAUCACCCUCUCCGCCCCCUCCCUCCAUCUGCGAACACCAACAUGUGUGAAACGACAGAAGAUACCUUUUGAGAAAUGUUAUUAGCGGGUCUCCUAUAACGCAUCUCGUAUCGGUGUUAUAGCCUGAUCCUCCUCUAUAUUCUGUGAAUGUAUAUUGGAUACCUCAGUAUUUCUGCUGUGUGCCAUUGGUAAUUCCAAUUUAAGUUAAUCAGAGCAUUAUUCCGCAUGUUGAUUAAUGCGGUAAGACGAUGACCAUCUGCUGCCAUCUUCUAGACCAGUGGUUCUCAAACUCGGUCCUCAGGACCCCACACAGUUCACGUUUUCCAUGUCACCCAGCAGCUGCACUGUGCAUCACCAACUGUCACAUUUUAAAAAUGUACAGGUGACCUGCAAAACAUGAAUCGUGUGGGGUCCUGAGGACUGAGUUUGAGAACCUGUGUUCUAGACAAAUAAUAAUAUAAAUAAAUUGCCUUAUCUGCUUUCAUAAAAAAAAAAAAAGGUUCAAAUUGUUUAUGUAUAUCCUGUAUUUGUCCCCAGCAUCCGCCCUUCAUGGCUCCUGUUCAUUUCACACAUCUCCAUCACCGUCAUACUAGCUACCUUCUGAUGACGCACCUGUCACAGGCUCUGGCCCUAAUUUAGGGCCCGAAUCAGACCUGAUCACUUUUCUGCGAAAUUGCAGAGGUUUGCGAUCAGAUAUUGGCCGCCCAAACAAAGCGAAGAGCCGCCCCGUGCAAGUCUGCGUACGCCGUGCGAAAAGCAAGCUCUGUGUACGCCGGUCAGCUACAAAUCUGUUCGCAACUCACCAUCAAAUGGUUUUUGCAGUCUGCGCGCAGCCCAGGACUUACUCCUACAGUGCCAUAGCAACAGGCUGAUCGGGGCCGGAGCUGAUGUCACACCACCGCCCUGAAAACGCUUGGGAACGUCUGCGUUUUUCCUGACACUCCCAGAAAACGGCCACUUACCACCCCCAAACGCCCACUUCCUGUCAAUCGACUUGCGUACGCCUAGCGAUCAAAAAGACGCUGGAUUCUUCCGACGUAUGGCCUCGCGUGCGCGCAUUACAAUCUAUAUGCAUGUGCAGUUGAUCGAUAAUCGUCCGUCCUGCGAAAUUGCUAUCAGGUAUAAAUCGGGCCCUUAGACAUUAGCAUUACGCUCCCAUAGACCUGGUGUAAAUCUGUUAUAUAAUCUAUUAAUGCCAGAUCUCAAAAUACAGCCGUGUUUUACGCAAAAUCAGCAAGUUGAUGUUUACACGGCCCCUACCUCCUCCCGGGUAUUGUGAUCGUAACAAUGGCAGUGAUACUACAGAUAACAGAUCAUUAUACCUUUAAUGUUUUGAUCAUCCGAAAUGGAAAUAAUUCAGAUGAGUGAUUUACGCAUCAGUCGCUUGUACUAUUCUGUCACCUCCACAUCCCGCACAGAUUGCACCUUAAUAAAUCUACCUGCUGCAGCGUAUACAAUGCCGUAUUUACCAACCUUGUAUCCCGUCUCUUACCGUUCAGCACAAGUAAAUUAAAUACCCCAAAUUAUAAUAUAUUCCUUUCAACCGUAAGUAAUGAAGAUUAUGUCAGAACGAAAAAAAUAUUUUUACUAUGUAAAACUAUUUUAAUAUCAGUCCAUUAGACCGUUCCAAAGCUGACCUCCCACCCCUGCUGGCUGACCACAGCGCUGAGGGUCGUGCUCAGUCGCCCGCCGCGGUACAGCCGGAUCACAUGGGGACUGGUUAGCACGGAUGUCAGCAAUAUCGUAUAUCAUCGUAUAACUAAUAUCUGUAUUGCUGUGCCUGCUGUAUGUUAAUGGAUGCAGACAUUUUUCUAUAGCUUUACCUGCAAUUCCUGCCCCAAUCAUGGAAUAUAUGUGACGAUGGAAGUUUGGGAGAUCACCGUGCAGUGACCGUAUGUCUGUAUGUAAGCCGGUUACUGACCACCUCCUGUUUACAGCCAAUUAAUCUGAAGAUAGUUCCCAUAAUGUGGAAUUACAUAUUUAUCAUCCUUUAGUUGGGGUUCUGUUGUGGAGCUUUAUUGCCUUAACUUGUACAGAGUGGGGGCGACAGGCCUGCGAGAAUGUGCGUAUACCUAAUGUAAAUAAACUCUUCUGGAUUUGUUCUCGA